GAACAUUGGCCAUGAGACCAACUUUAGUUAGAAUGAUAAGGCCUCGUCGCCCAGAAAGGAAAGCACCUCCAUUGUUGCCACCUUUGAAACUCUACAAGGCUAUAUUGAGAACCCAUGUACAUAAGUUACCCAUUGAAUUAAGAUCUUUGGGCGAUGAAUACGUGAAAGCCGAAUUUAAAGCCCAUCAAAAUAUCGACAACCCAUUGCAUAUCGUUGGGUUUUUAACCCAGUGGCAAGAUUACUUGAAAAAUUUGGAUGGAGGCUCAUGGCAAGAAGGAAAAUUGAGUCAAGAAGACUUGGAUAAGAUGUCACCGGAACAAGUGAAUCAAUUAUAUGAAUUAAUGUUAGAAACGAAAAGACUUGGUAGUGAAGGUUAGUGAGUGUAUAUAGCUAUUCAUAGUAUUAAAUAUUUAUUACAGUGAUCUAU